AUCGUAUCUCGAUUUUGAUCAUCUUCUCCGACGAGGUUGUUUGCUCUCCGGUAUGAUGGGAUCAACGCUGUUCAGGAAGAAAUGUUUGGUUAUGAAAGGGAAUUGUUUACUUCUCCGAUCGUUUUCCGUUCACAUCGGGAGCUUUUCCGACGCAUCAGCUGAAAUAGCGGGGAUUCUCAACAAGGGGAACUGGCGUGACGCUUUGGCAUCUUCGAAUCUAUUGGUGGAGAUAAAUCCAGACGUUGUUCUCUCCGUUUUACGAUCCAAACGCGUCGACGAUCCCGCUAGGCUUUUGAGUUUCUUCAGCUGGGUCGAUUCUCAAAAGGUCACGGAGCAGAAACUGGAUUCCUUUUCGUUUCUCGCUUUGAUUUUGUGUAGUUUCGGUAGUUUUAGGCAAGCUCAUAGUGUUAUAAUCCGGAUGAUUGAGAGGAAAUGGCCUGUAGCUGAGGUUUGGAGCUCGGCUGUGAGAUGUUCGCGAGAGUUCGCGGGAAGGAGUGACGACGGAGCUCUAUUCGGGAUCUUGAUUGAUGGAUAUAUUGAGAAAGGGCUUUUAGAUGAAGCUGUUUUCGCUAUUUCUAGCAGUUUGAAUUUGGAAUUGAUUCCUAAUUCGGCAAGAUGUAACCAUUUGCUGGAUGCGUUUUUGAAGAGGAAUCGGCUGGAUUUGUUCUGGGAUGUGUAUAAUGGGAUGGUUGAGAGAAAUGUAGUGUUUGAUGUUCAAACACAUGAAAAGUUGAUUGCUGCACAUUGCAGAGCUGGGAAUGUUCAGCUGGCCAAAGAUGUUCUUCUCGAAACGGAAGAAAAGUUCGGGACGGUGACGAUGACUGCGUAUAGCUUCGUAGUUGAAGCUUUGUGUAAGAAGGGAGAUCUGGAUGAAGCAUUCGAGCUGAAGAAGUCGAUGAUCUGCAAAGGAUUGGUGCCGUCGAAGCAAUCAUACAAUAUACUUAUAGGUGGGCUGUGUAAGCGAAAGAGACCAGAAGACGCGAUAUCGUUGCUUGUAGAGAUGAAUGGCUUUGGUUUGCUUCGUGAUAGUGUUUCUUAUAGCAUACUGAUUGAGGGUUUACUGAAGGGCAGAGAUGCAGACGCUGCGAACGGGCUCGUCCGUGAGAUGGUUUCUCACGGAAUUAACAUUGAUCCUAAGAUGUAUGAUUCUUUUAUCUGUGUGAUGUCAAAGGAUGGGGCGAUGGAGAAGGCACAGGCUCUCUUUGAUGGGAUGAUCGCAUCCGGAGUGAUACCAGGUGCUCGGGCGUAUGCUAGUUUGAUCGAGGGAUACUUUCGAGGAAAGAAUGUACUCAAGGGUUAUGAGUUACUUGUUGAAAUGAAAAAGAGGAACGUUGUCAUAUCUCCGUAUACUUAUGGCACAGCGGUAAAAGGCAUGUGUUCUUCUGGGGAUCUCGAUGGAGCUUAUAACAUUGUGAAGGAGAUGGGUGAGAGCGGUUGCAGACCCAAUGUGGUUAUAUAUACAACAUUGAUCAAAACCUUUCUCCAGAAAAGUAGGUUUGGAGAUGCAGUGAGGGUGUUGAAAGAAAUGAAGGAACAGGGAAUCGCACCAGACACUUUUUGCUACAAUUCCCUUAUAAUUGGCCUUUCAAAGGCCAAGAGCAUGGACGAAGCAAGGUCUUAUUUGGUUGAAAUGGUAGAGAACGGAUUAAAGCCUGAUGCUUUCACCUAUGGGGCUUUUAUCAGUGGGUAUAUAGAGGCAGGGGAAUUUGCAUCUGCAGAUAAGUAUGUGAAAGAGAUGCUGGAAUGUGGUGUUGUUCCUAAUAAGGUCUUUUGCACGGGACUGAUCAAUGAGUAUUGCAAAAAGGGGAAAGUAAUAGAGGCGUGUUCAGCAUUCAGAUCCAUGGUUGAACAAGGGAUUCAGGGGGAUGCUAAGACAUACACUGUUCUUAUGAAUGGUCUUGUUAAAAACGGUAAAGUAGAUGAUGCGGAGGAGAUUUUCCAGGAAAUGCGUGGAAAGGGUAUUACACCUGAUGCGUUCUCUUAUGGUACACUCAUUGAUGGGUUCUCUAAGUUGGGGAAUAUGGAAAUGGCUUCUCGUAUUUUUGAUGAGAUGGUUCAAGAAGGUGUGACUCCUAAUGUCAUCAUAUACAACAUGUUGCUUGGUGGCUUCUGCAGGUCUGGUGAAAUUGAAAGAGCAAAGGAGUUUUUUAAUGGAAUGUCAGGAAAAGGUUUUCCUCCUAAUGCAGUGACUUACUGUACAAUCAUAGAUGGAUGUUGCAAACAUGGGGAUCUAGCGGAGGCUUUUCGGUUAUUUGACGAGAUGAAAGUAAAGGGAUUAGUUCCCGACAGUUUUGUGCAUGGCAAGCCCAAUGAGGUAACGUACAACAUUAUGAUAGAUUACUUGUGCAAGGAAGGAAAUUUGGAAGAUGGAAAAGAGCUUUUGGAGGACAUGAAGAAGGCAAACGUGAUGCCUAGUGUCGUAACUUACACAUCUCUUCUAAGCGGGUAUGAUAAAAUGGGUAGAAGAUCUGAAAUGUUUGCUAUAUUCGACGAGGCUAUUGACUCAGGAAUUGAACCAGACAACAUAAUGUACAGUGUUAUCAUUAGUGCUUUCCUGAAAGAAGGGAUGACGACAAGAGCACUAAUGUUCGUGGAUCAAAUGUUUGCCAAGAACGCUAUUGUGGACGGGUGUAAGCUAAGUAUUUCAACUUGCCUGGCUCUACUCUCUGGUUUUGCUAAAGCGGGGGAGAUGGAGGCAGCUGAGAAAGUUAGGGAGAAUAUGAUUCGACUCGAAUAUAUUCCCGAGUCUUCUACUGUUAUUGAUUUAAUUAAUGAGGGUUGCAUUUCUUCAAACCAAAGGAUGGAAGCAGAUGCUGCUCCA